AUGACAAUUAGGCGCAAGCGUGCGAGGAAAGCGUGCAUCCCCUGCCACCAGCGCAAGCGGAAAUGCGACGCCAAAUACCCUUGCAGUAGGUGCAGCACGUAUGAAUACAACUGCAAAUACGCCGCUGCCGCCGACGAUAUCACGGGCACCACAGGUCGCGGCGCUCAUGCCCCUCCGCCACCCAAGCGUGCCACUCUUGACGGCGGAAGUGAUAUGGCAACCCGAGUCGCCACAUCGAGUUGGUCUCAGCUAGAGCCAGGUCCCGCCUUCGAGUCCGGCACGUCCACGGCCACCGCGGCGCCGGCUGGCAUCUUCGACGAGCACAAGUCGAGAUACGCCGGUGCGUCGGCGGCCAUGGCAUUCCCGCACAUUUUGGGCGGGGUUCUCGGCUCCGACAGCCCUUCUAAGACGCAUACCCUCGCCUACAACUUUGGCAUCCGACCUGAGGAGCCUUCUAACACGCACGUCUUGCUGGGGACGCUCAUCUCAGAGGACGACCUCGGCUUCUUCUCGGGUGUAUACUUCUCGGCGCUGGCACCUAUCGGUGACUUACUGGACCCGAAAAUCUACGCCCAGCGAUGUUGGGACUACUAUCAUGGCUCCGGCAGCACCAUGAUCGCCUUUGGUGCUGUGGCUGCUGGUGUGGCCGCUCUUGGGUCGUUCCUGUCCCCAAACAGACACGCGCGGGAAUCUGAUUUGGUGCAAUACGCCAAGGCCAUUCUCGACGAUCCAGCUUCGAUGCGCAUGCUAGGCAUCGACCAUAUAAUUGCGUGGGGCAUGCGAGUCUUUUACCUACGAGCCACGAGCCGACCUAAUAGUGCCUGGAUUGCAUCAUGCACUAUGAUGCACCUGUGUGAAGCGGUAGGGCUGCACGAGGAGGAGAAUAUUAAGAAGAUAGCGUCUGACGCCGGCGCUGCUGUUCUUGGACAUGAUGCGGACCGGCUGAGGCGAAUAUUCUGGAUCUCGUGGUCCGGACAUAAUUUGCUGUGCUACGAGUUCGAUCGCUCAGCUGUCCGAUUUCGAGCCGUGACUUGCCAGGCCAUCAUCUCGAGAUCAGGGUCCGUGGCCGACCAGUUUGUGCAAAUAGCCCAGAUCAUCCCAGCACCCAACUCCCCGUUCCACCUUGAAUGCCAGCCUCAAUCUCCUCGGGAGGAGCUCUUUGAGCGUCUCAAGGCAUUGGGAAAUCUCUGGUUCACUCAUCCGUUUCUGGUUGUGACCAAGGCAGACCUUGCUUUUUGCUUCUAUCGACGCAUUUACCAGCUCAAGAUGGGUAUAUCGGAAGACAUGGUCAAGCUCAUCAUUGAUAGUGGCAACGCUGCAGUCGAUGCGGCUCAGCAGCUGGCUAACCAGGGUCGUCUGUUUUGGAACGUCAUCGGCAGUAUCUUCCAGUAUGCCUGCGUGCUGUUGGCCAUGGACACGCCGGAGGCUUCCUCUCACAUCGCCGCUGCCUUUGAGGGCUUGGAGAAUCUCGUCAAGGUAGCCAACACAGAGCUGACACGUGCGGCAUUGUCUAUGGCGCGCCAUCUACUCAGUCUCUAUAUAACGAGGAAGCGAAAGGAGCUUGUCAGGCUAGAAAAUAUCGAGCUGGAUUCCAUGGCCAACACUGCUGUGCCGGAUUUGGAUUGGGGGAUGGACUGGGAGCAGUUCCUUGUCGAGCCAUAUCUAUCGAUGCUCGGUCCCGACGGUCAAUUAUAG